UGUUUCCGGGGCGGGGGAACAGCGGCCGAGCGCGGCGCGGCGCCUCCUCCCGCUCCGCUCCCCUCCGCCUCCGCUCCCGUCCCGACCCGUCCCGUCGCGUCCCCCGCGGCGCCGCGCUCCCCGCGAGCGGCCCAGAGGCGAGGGAGCGGCGCCGGAGCGGGCGGACGGACGCACGGACCGGCGCGAGGACGCACGGACGGGGAGCCGCGCCGCGCCGCCGCGCCCAGCCCGCGCUGCCGGGACAGAGCCGCGCAGCGGAGGCGCCUCCGCCGGGCGGGCCGCAGCGCGCCCCCUGCCAGGAGCAGGCAGCGCCGCGGCCAUGGCCGAGCUGUGAGGGCCAGAAGAGGGGCUGAUGAUGUGACCACCGCAGGCCAGCGUGUAGGGGUGCUGUGGCUGAAAAGCAGUGUCCUGUGCUUUUUCCUGUUGUCUUCUCCUCCCUCCCCAGCUGACGUUUCCCACCACUCCCUUGUGUCAGGGCAAGCAUUUAUGUACCCAGAUGGCUGAAACUAACCACUUUCUUUUCGAGACUAAUUUAAAAUUGUUCACUUGGGCUGGAUUCCUAUAUUGCUUGUUAUGGAGUGGAUUUGCUCAACAAGGUGGUAGUGACUGCAUAAAAGCCAAUGCAAAAUCAUGUGGUGAAUGUAUACAAGCAGGACCAAACUGUGGUUGGUGUAAAAAAACAGACUUCUUGCAAGAAGGAGAACCAACGUCUGCCCGAUGUGAUGACUUGGCAGCACUAAAGAGUAAAGGCUGCCCUAUAGAAGAUAUAGAAAAUCCCCGAGGUAGUAAACAGGUGCUUGAAGAUAGAGAGGUAACAAAUCGUAAGAUAGGUGCUGCAGAGAAGCUGAAACCAGAGGCCAUUACGCAGAUCCAGCCACAGAAAUUAGUACUGAAGCUAAGAGUUGGGGAACCCCAAACAUUUUCAUUAAAAUUUAAGAGAGCUGAAGAUUACCCUAUAGAUCUUUAUUAUCUUAUGGACCUCUCCUAUUCCAUGAAGGACGAUUUAGAGAAUGUGAAGAGUCUUGGAACUGCCCUGAUGUUUGAAAUGGAAAAAAUAACUUCAGACUUUCGAAUUGGCUUUGGCUCUUUUGUGGAGAAAACUGUGAUGCCAUAUAUAAGUACAACACCAGCCAAACUCAGAAAUCCUUGUACAGGUGACCAGAACUGUACAAGUCCAUUUAGCUACAAAAAUGUGCUCAGCCUUACCAGUGAAGGAAAUAAAUUCAAUGAGCUUGUAGGUAAACAACACAUUUCUGGCAAUUUGGAUUCUCCUGAAGGUGGAUUUGAUGCAAUAAUGCAAGUUGCAGUUUGUGGAGAACAAAUUGGCUGGAGAAAUGUUACAAGACUAUUAGUGUUUUCCACGGAUGCUGGAUUUCACUUUGCAGGAGAUGGUAAACUUGGUGGAAUUGUUUUACCAAAUGAUGGGAAAUGUCAUCUGGAAAAUAAUAUGUACACAAUGAGCCACUAUUAUGAUUAUCCCUCUAUUGCUCAUUUGGUACAGAAGCUUAGCGAGAACAAUAUUCAGACAAUUUUUGCUGUUACUGAAGAAUUUCAAGCAGUUUACAAGGAACUGAAAAAUCUAAUACCAAAAUCAGCAGUGGGAACACUGUCUUCAAACUCCAGCAAUGUGAUUCAGCUGAUCAUAGAUGCGUACAAUUCCCUUUCUUCAGAGGUUAUCCUAGAGAACAGUAAGUUACCAAAAGGAGUGACAAUCAGUUAUAAAUCUUACUGCAAGAAUGGUGUGAAUGACACACAAGAAGACGGAAGAAAAUGCUCUAACAUUUCAAUUGGAGAUGAGGUUAAAUUUGAGAUUAGUGUAACAGCUAAUGAAUGUCCAAAGAAAGGACAAAAUGAAACAAUUAAAAUUAAACCACUGGGUUUCACUGAAGAAGUGGAAAUCAAUCUUCAGUUCGUCUGUGAAUGUCUGUGUCAAAGCGAAGGAGAAGCUAAUAGUCCAGCCUGCCAUGAGGGAAACGGAACAUUUGAAUGUGGUGCAUGCAGAUGUAAUGAAGGACGUAUUGGAAGACUUUGUGAGUGUAGUACAGAUGAAGUGAAUAGUGAGGAUAUGGAUGCUUACUGUAGGAGGGAGAACAGUACGGAAAUAUGCAGUAACAAUGGAGAAUGCAUUUGUGGGCAAUGUGUAUGCAAGAAAAGAGAAAACACCAAUGAAGUGUAUUCUGGCAAAUACUGCGAAUGUGAUAACUUCAACUGUGAUCGAUCGAAUGGUUUGAUUUGUGGAGGAAAUGGUAUCUGCAAGUGUAGAGUGUGUGAAUGUUUCCCCAACUUCACUGGCAGUGCUUGUGAUUGCUCUUUGGAUACUCUUCCAUGUAUGGCAUCUAAUGGGCAGAUUUGCAACGGAAGAGGAACCUGUGAAUGUGGAACUUGUAACUGUACAGAUCCCAAAUUCCAAGGCCCCACGUGUGAAAUGUGUCAGACUUGCCUUGGUGUCUGUGCAGAGCACAAGGACUGUGUUCAAUGCAGAGCCUUCAAUAAGGGAGAAAAGAAGGAAACAUGUUCUCAGGAAUGUAUGUAUUUCAACAUGACACGGGUAGAAAGUCGAGACAAGUUGCCACAGCCUGGACAGCCUGAUCCGUUGUCUCACUGCAAAGAGAAGGAUGUCGAUGACUGCUGGUUCUACUUCACGUACUCUGUCAACUCGAACGGUGAAGCCAAUGUCCAUGUGGUGGAAACCCCAGAAUGCCCCAGUGGCCCUGACAUCAUCCCCAUUGUAGCUGGUGUGGUUGCAGGAAUUGUUCUUAUUGGACUUGCAUUAUUACUGAUUUGGAAACUAUUAAUGAUCAUUCAUGACAGAAGAGAGUUUGCUAAAUUUGAAAAGGAGAAGAUGAAUGCCAAGUGGGACACGCAAGAAAAUCCAAUAUACAAGAGCCCUAUUAACAAUUUCAAGAAUCCAAACUAUGGACGUAAAGCUGGUCUCUAAGUCUCAGGUGAAAAUCCUAUUUACAAGAGUGCAGUGACAACUGUGGUCAAUCCUAAAUACGAGGGAAAAUGAGCACUGCUUGUGUAACUUCACAACACUGUAUGCAGCAUAGCAAUUUUUUUGUAGUCACAGUAAGAUAGAUUUAGGGCAAACUGCAGUGAUUUUACUAAUUCAUUACAUAUAGGUUUGUUUUCCUGUGCAGGUUUUGAAAAUGUACCAUAUGUAAUUUUUAUUUUUAUUUUUUUUGCAAAUAAUCAGUGCCAGGGUCUGACAAAAAAAACUUGAGACUGCAUAGCUUAGUCAGCUACGGUCACAUGGUGCCUUCUUGAUAUUUUUUUUCCUCCUGUGCUGUGAAUCUAGGUCUUCUACAGGAUGUGAUACUGCUAUGACAUGACUGGGAGGGAAAUGGUUAAAGCAAUCAGUAUGAGGGCUCUGCCUAGCCAUUUAGUAUUAAAAUUUUAAACUUUACAGGGAAAUCAGGGCUUGAGUUUGCAGAUAUAAUUAAACUCACUCAAUACGGAGCUGAUGAAUAACUGGUCUUCUACUUGCUAGACAUGUGAUUAAGUGUAUAGGAAGUUGAGUAAGUUGGAAAUGAGCAGUGUAAAUGACUGAAAAGUGUGUACUUACUUAAAUUGUUUAAUGCUAGAUUAUGAUUAAGAGGAAUGGUGGUGGGAAGAAUUUUAAGACAGAAAAAACAGCUUUAAAACACAUGACAUCACUGAAAAAGUUGUUGACUGGUAACUUUUUUUUUUUUUUUGUGUGUGUGUAUGUUUUUGUUUUGUUUUGUUUUUUUGGGAAAUUCAAGUCCUGGGUGGCAGUAUCAUGAAGUAGUUUACCAAGACAUCCUCAAAACAAAUAAGGGCCUUAUGUCAUACCAUGUCUUUCUUCUGUAAUAUUUCCUUGGUUUGAAGCCUGGUGCUUUGUCACCAUUCUAGUAACUUUUAACGUAUGUGGUUGCAAUUCUUUUUGUAAAAUUUUGUAUCAACACAAGCUCUUUCUUCUUUGGCAGUCUUAGCUGUAAAUUUGCCUUUACCCUGUAGCUAAGAUUGCAUAGUUUGUCAUGUGACGUGAGUCACACACCAUUUUUGACAUGUGCCAUGUAUAUUUGCCUUUGACCAUUCAGGUUGCCUCAUAGUCAUAGCCUUGUUUUAAGUGCCUUUUUAUUUUAACAGAUGUUCACUUUUUACCGUGCUCUUACUGAAGUUAUUUAUUAAAUAAAAGUAUCUUAAAAUACA